CGGUAAGUCACGCGCGCGCAGCAUCCCGAUAAAUCGCUCCCGUUCUCUUCUGCAGGGGGGUACGCGAGCAUGGGACAGGGAGCGGUGUCGUGAAGCGAGGCGGAAGGCGCGUGUCGUCCGCGCGCGCGUGGCCGACGGCGCGACCCAGGGUGGCCGAGUGCCGGCGACGAUGGCGAGCUCGGCGGUCGACGGGGUCGGCGACGACGGCACGACGGGCGUGCCGGGCGGCGGGCCCAGGAACCCCCUCACCUGCGGCGUCUGCCACGAUUACUACAACGAGCCCUGCCUGCUCUCCUGCUUCCACACCUUCUGCGCCCGUUGCAUACACGGCCCGCACAUUGACGGGACGGUCAAGUGUCCCCUCUGCGGGCAACAGACACAAUUGAAGGAUGGAGCGCAGCUACCACCUUCCGAUCAGCUGAUACGCCAACUGGUGGAGCUGGCAAACUCCGAAAAUCCGCCGUGCGCCAAUUGCGACAAGCGCGACAAGACCACUAUGUUCUUCUGCACGACCUGCGGACAAGCGCUUUGCACCCACUGCAGAGAGCACACCCACCGCGCGAAGAUGUUCUCCACCCACGAGGUGGUGCACAUGAGCAAGUGCACCAAAGAUACCCAGCGUCGUUGUCCGAGUCACGGCGAGCAGUACAUAAUGUACAGCCAGAGCGCCAAGUGCAUGCUGUGCGCUACGUGUUUCCGCGACACGCCCCCGGACGCGCGGGUGCACUGCGUGGACAUCGAGAGCGCCUGGCAGCAGGCCUCGAAGAAGAUGGAGCGGGCGGUGAACUCGAUCUGCGAGCUCCAGGCCGGCAUCAAGGACGGCGUGCUGGCGCUCAAGUCGCAGCUGGACGAGCUGCGGCACAGCCUCGAGUCCGAGAAGCGCGCGCUGACCGCCUUCUGCCAGGGUAUGCAGGAGGCGAUCACCAAGACGCACGCGUACGUCCUCGCGGAGCUGCAGCGUCAGUUCGACACCAAGGAGCGCAUGGUGCGCUCGCAGCUGCUCGCGCUGGGUAGCGCGCUACCCGUGCUGCAGAUGCACCUGAUGCUGUGCACCGCCUUCACCACCGGCGCGACCAAGUAUCAGUUCCUCGAGCUGGCGCACCCGAUGCUGGACCGGCUGAGCCGCGUCGCCCAGCUGGGCCAUCCGUCGCGGCCGCCCCUGCUCGCCGCGCACAUCAAGACGAAUUAUCGGGCUGACUUCGCGCGCGCCCUGCAUCCCUACAUAGGUCAAGCGCAGACCCCGAAGGCCACCGCCGAGUCCCUGUACGAUCAGAUGGCCGGCGGCUAUACGAUAGGUCAGCCGGAACCGCAGGUGCUUCAGAGCAGCAAGACCACUCAGAGGCUGCCGCCGAAGGGCGGACCCGACGGCGGCCCGUUCUCCAAUCAUUGCCGGACCUUCGACACCCAACUGAAGGAGCUGAGCCAGCAGUUGAUGACGGUGAAGGAACGAUUGGGCGAGCUGCAGAGGGACGUUUCCGUCUUGAAGAGAGCAAACACCCCGCCGUUGGGUUCGCGUUACGACCACGUGGCGAGGGACUGCCGCUUGCUCGAGCAGCAAUUGGAGCACCAUCAGAUGGAACUUGAACGCCUGAGAAAUGUCUUCGACGCGCUGUGGGAGGAGCAGAUGUGCAGGAUUCACAUAGAAAAGGAAAUCUUCCAUUCUCAGAUGAACGACAUACUGUCGCUGAGGAGCGAAGUGAAGAAGCUGCAAGUGCUCGCCCAGCACCUGGAGCCCUUCGUCAAGUCGUUCUCGAUAGGCAUCGGCGCCGGAGAGGUGAGCGUGGCCGCGGCGGAUGCGGCCGAUAGUCAACAUCUGCAAGCGCUGCUGGACCAUCUGGCGCGCCUGCAGAUGCAGGAGCCGCCGCCGCAUCCGCAAGCUCAAGCGCCGACGAAGGAUCACCGUCAUCCACGUGGUACCGCCACGAGCGCCGACAACGCGCUGUACAUGAAGGAGUCGAAGGAGAUUCCGACGCGAUGUCGCACGCCGUCCGGCGGCGUCGGCGCCGUUCUGGACUCGAGCGGCAACAUAGUCGUUUACGGGACGGCCAAGUCGACCGACCCGAAGCGCGGCGUGCUGAGUCAGUUGAUCGAGAAGGCCCGCACGCCGAAGGACGAUCGCAAGAAAUCGCCAGGCCGAGAGGACAGCCGCGAUCGCAGCCAGAGCCGGCGUUCGCGCAAGUCGCCGGACAGCGCGAAGCCCAAGACACCACCCGGGCACGCGUCCGGCAGCAAGAUGCGGUCGUUGUAUCGUUCCCUGACAGGCGGCACCGGCGACACGUCCGCCGAGGCGCUCGAUCAGGCGGAAAGAUGCACCGACUCGCAGCAGCCGCAGUCUCAUAUCGGCGACGAGGGCGAGUAUCAGCGUAUCUCGGAGGCCUCGUGCAUCGGCGAAGCGAAGAAGCGCGUGCAGGCGCAAGUGCACGCGGUCCCGGCCGACGAUCAGAUACGAGCGAUGCCAGGCAGCAAGGUCGCCAAGAUCUACCCGGCCAGCGACUCGGAGGAGCUGUUCUAUGGCGACGGGAAGGCGGCGAGCGACGCGAGGAGGCGGCGGCGCGCCAGCUGCGACAGCCUCAGCACGACCGGCUCCGGCAACAGCAGGCGGUCGAGCAUCGCCGAUGGGACGGUAGGUCAACAGUCCGUCGCGCAGGACCCCCGGAAAACCCUGGUCGUUUUGAUCGGAUCACGGACGCCGUCGUCUCUCGUGCAGAAGCAGCGUUCCUGGGAGACCUUCCCGCGGCCCAAGAGCAAGCGCGGCGCCGGCGGCGAGGACGCGGGCGCGGGGAUGUCGUCCCUCGGCCAGCUCAAGAAAGCGGACAGCUUUGAGGGUCACGAGAAGGCGGUGCGCACCUUGGUGGCGGCCGUACACGAGACGCGCUCUCAGCUGCGGCAGCAUCACUUACAUUAUCAUCGCAAUCAUCGUAAGAGCAAAACGAAUUGAGGCGCUUUUUCUCGGUCCUUUCGCCAGCUCUGAGGAGAUAUUGUCCGAGGGGUAGAGAUCCGCGAGCCUAUAUUGCGUAUAAAUAGCAAAAAAAAAAAGAAAGAAAGAAAAAUGAUCAAAAGACUAAACGCGCCGUGCCCCAAGUGGCUUAAGUAUACACGUUAUUUAUUAGCAACGGAGGCGUAUUGUUGUGAGAGCCGGCAUUAUCGGUUUUUCGAAGAUUUUGGACAUUCUAUUAGUAUAAUAAUAAUAAUGGAUAUAUAAAUUAUAAUAACGGUACUGAGAAAAAAGGGUCUAUAUUCUGCGCGAUGUGGUGGAGCACGGAGAUCUUUAUUAUCGAGAAUGCACUUCUCGUCUUUAUAUUGCUUUUCGAGAGAUUCCUUUGAGCACGUGUGUCCCCGGUCAAACGCGUGGUGUUUUGUAUCGUUCCGACGUUUUCGACAUUUGUAUUGUGUCCCUCGUCGAGAGGUCGCACCACGUACGACGACGUGCGACUCUCGCAAGGUACCCUUUUGUAUAGCGAUUUAAUUGCAUUCGAAUAUGACGAAAGCGCCGAAGAUCGGCGUCGCUGCCACACGGUAAAUCCAGACGUUAGAGAGGACGGAAGAGAAAGAGUGUACGAUCGUGCGUCGUAUUCGCCGCUCCGUAUUGUUGACACGACCUGCCUGGGGCGGUUGACGCGUGUAGGGCCUUGAUUAGGGAUAGAUAGCGGGGAAGUCUUUUUUUUUCCUGACAAAACGACGCGCGUGUGCAAUGUACAAUAAUUGCAAAAGAACCGCGGUUGACGUUACAAUCUGAAAACUGUACACAGACAAACGAGUCCGUUCCGUUCCGAGCGCACAUUAUCACGGUUUCGUUAUCGCAAGAGUCCUGUCGCUCGCGUGUCCCCCCCCCUCCCCCCCCCGCGUUUUCUCCGUUGGAACACGCGGAUUCGUUCCCGCUCGUAUCCGUGACACACGGACCGCACGAGAUUCUUCCUCCCUCGAACGUCAACGGGUCGAAUGCAUAGUCCAGUAAAGUACGUCGCGCAAUUCGAUCGGUCGAGUAAAACGGUAAUACUUUAGCUAGUAAACAACACUGCCAGUCGCGAUAUAUUACGAAUUUAAUCGGCGAUGCUCGAUUCACGAAGAGCAGCCUAAUUCGCGGGCGUUCACUCGUAAUCGUUCAGUCGCAUCAAUAAAAAAAAAAAGGCCCGGUGAUCGCCCUACGAUCGCGCCCGCGGGGCUUGGUCACGAUUACGCACUGUAAUUAUUGACCGUAAUGUAACGAUAAUGUUUACGAUUACUCCAAAGGAUAAAUCGGUAUUACGAGGAAUCGGUUCCUCCUUGUGAAAGUCAAUGCGAUCGUUAAUCGUUGUUUCGAAUUUAACUACGAGCGAAGACUUGUAAUCUUCAGCAGGGUUACAAUGAACGUUCUAAUUAUAGCGAGUGUACACACGUAAGCAUGUAUGAGAACUGUCGAAUUGCUGGUAUAGUAAAAAUAUAUACAAGUUAAUAAAUAUACCCGUGAUUUCUAUGUCAUAUCUUCCGUGGACCGAAAGCGAUCCUCGCCGCUCACUUCGCUUUCGCAACAAGUGCUCACGGUUGUAUGUACUUGUAUAUAAAAAAAAUAUAUAGAUACAUGCAUGUUCCCACUUGUUGAAUUUUACAGAUUAGAGAACCUCAACGGACGAAGUAGGAGAGAA